GAUCUCUCUCUCUCUCUCUCUCUCUCUCUCUCUAUUCAUCAGCAAUCUUGAAGAGUGUGUGCUUGUUGCCCCACUUUAAAAGGUUGAACUUAGCUCAUUGCUUGCAAAGUGUUAUGGAGAUAUUUGGGCUUCUGCGUAUGUGAAAUCUCAGCUUCUAAAAAUGUUGGGGAUGGAAGGCAGACUUCUGUUUUCCUCUGAUUGAGGCAGCAGGCCUAAUAGUGCUUGAAGGAAGAAGGAUAAGUUGUCAGAUAAGCAAUGCCUGUUCCUCUUGCCCCCUAUCCAGCUCCUCCAGUACCAUUUACACCACCAAAUGCCAUUCUUUCAGGUGCACAGAGCCAACUCGUGUGUUCUGGCUGCCGAAACCUUCUUCUCUAUCCAGUAGGUGCAACCUCUGUUUGUUGUGCUGUUUGCAAUGCAGUGACAGCAGUGCCCCCUCCAGGCACAGAGAUGGCUCAGUUGGUAUGUGGAGGCUGCCACACCUUACUGAUGUACAUUCGUGGAGCUACAAGCGUACAGUGUUCUUGUUGUCACACGAUCAACCUAGCCAUGGAAGCAAACCAGGUCGCACAUGUCAACUGUGGGAACUGCCGGAUGCUAUUGAUGUAUCAAUAUGGAGCACAAUCUGUGAAAUGUUCAGUUUGCAGUUUUGUGACAUCAGUUGGGGUUUCACCAAUCACUACUGAGCAAAAGUUCAAUAAUUGAGAUUGUGAAGCUGCAAGUUAUAGACUCCUACAAGUUCAUUCUUUCAUCUUACGGCAUCUCCUUUAUUGCUUUAAUCAAUAGCCGGCUUUCGCUGGAUGUAUAGAGUUGUUUUUUUUUUCUUUUGCUUCUAUUGAAUAAGAAGUUUUGGAUGGUUGAGUGUGUGAGAUUAUUCCAUGAGAAGACUGUUUGGUUACGAGUGCAAUUAGAACAGAUUAAGGACACAUUAUCUUUUUCCAA